CUGAGGCCCUGUUACUCACGCGAAUCCCUGGAAGUACCCGAGGAGGCAGCGCGGGCCCGGGAACGGAGGGAACCCAAGGCUCUCUCCUUAGCUGGGGCUUUUUUGGCAGGAGCAGCCCCUUCUCUUUCUUUCCUCCUCUUACUCUGGAAGUAAGGGAAAGGGGAGGGGCGCCACCUUUUUGCAGCCCGAGGAGACAAGAAGCCGGUAGGGGAGAGACUCCACCCAGAGAUUAACACUAGAGAGAGAGAAAACAUGUUUGUACUGAAAAUGGAAAGAGUGUUUGCAGACUGACCUGCCUGCUGGACAGUACUACAUCCAUUACACUCCUUUAGUUCUUCACAUGCUUCAUUUGUAGAAUCUUGUAGUGGAUGACAAGUGCAACACUUCAGUUACUGGAACUUCCAGGACAUUCUGGGAUGGAGCUCAACUGGAAAUUAGGCAGCGUCUCAAGACCAGGUUCUGCUACAGUUCGGGUCACAGAUUUGGGUCGGCAAGGGCUCCUGAAUCCCAGUCCAUCAAUUAAAGAUGAUGAUGAAGAACUACUUUUGAAUGAAUAUCUUUCCCCCAACAAACUGAAAACACUGACUGGGCUAGAUGAUCUGCGUCAAGUGAAAGCUCUAGAGAUGCAUGUAGACACAAGAGAGAACAGCCUUGGAAACUUUGGUGCUUAUCUGCCUAAUCUAAAACAACUGAAACUGAAUAGCAGCAUGCUUAUGUCAGUGAGGGACCUUGGAACAGCAUUGUCUAAUCUUCAAGUCCUCUGGAUGGCUCGCUGUGGGCUUCCAGAUUUAGAUGGCAUCUCUUCCUGCUGCUCUUUGAAGGAACUCUACAUAGCAUAUAACAAUAUUGCUGACUUAAGUCAACUUAGCCUGUUGGAGCACCUUGAGAUUCUAGACCUAGAAGGAAACAAUGUGGAGGACCUCAGUCAGAUUCAGUAUCUGGGGCUCUGCGUUACUCUGUCUGCCCUUACAGUGGAAGGAAAUCUUAUUUGCUUGAAACCAAGCCCACAAUCUCCAGAGGUCCCGGACUACAACUACAGAGCUGAGGUGAAAAAACUCAUCCCUCAUUUAAAGUAUUUGGAUGAAAUACCAGCAGAUCAAACUGAUCUUCCUUUCCCAUGCAAGAUGAACAAGGAGUGGCUACUUGUCAAGGAAUCCAUCAAAGAUGGAAGUUUAGUUGAAGAGGCAUCUUAUUCUUAUUUAGGACCUAUAGCAAGAAGGCCCUCCUCUGCUGUGAGACCUGCCAUAACACAGCUCUUGUCAGCUUCUCGACCUCAGGUUCCACAAAGACCACUUAGCGCCCAUUUGCUCUCUGGUAGUAGCACCCUCCUGGAGGCUACCAUCUGUGAUGAGAUGUUGCCUGAAGAUGACGCCAGUGACUUGACACAUGGUGUCAGCAGAGUUAUUUGUGGGAACCCCAUCAAAGCUCUUCAUGCACGGAGACAGAAACUAGGUCCUACAGUAAUGAACCUGUUUCAGCCACCAAGUCAGCCGGCAGUACAUCAUCCCUUUGGCAUUGAAGAAACUGAUUAUGUAAAUACGGAUGACAUCUAUGCUGAGCUGAAACUCCUGAAAGAGCAUCACCUCCAGCACCUACAAGCUCUCCAGAGGGUAAAUUCUCCCCAGGAGGUAAAAUCAACACCAACAUUAAGUGAGGAGGAGGAACACUACAGCCUGAGUGACAGCGGUGAUGAAGAUAUGAAAGAAGCCACUCAGGAGGAGAUUGUGGAAAUCACAUCAUCAGAUUCUUCUUGCCAGUCCCGUCUUUCUCAGUCAUCGUUAGAUUCAUUGCACGUCCAGGAAAAUUCAUUGCCCACCAUUAUAAAGCGCUCUAUUGCACCCUCUCCUCCAAAAAGUCCCUCGCCUGCAUCCAUACAGCGAGUGAGAACUGAGUUUGCUGGAGCUAGACGCCUGAAAGUGCACAGCUCAGAAAAGGCAGUUCUACCGAAGCCACAGCCUUCAUCAACUCAGAACAGUGAUACAGUGCAGAAUGUGUUUGAGAAGACUGCUGUUCAGAGUCUCAGCAGAAAACCUGAUUUCUCCUUAUCUGAUGCAUCUAUCUUAAGUCAGAGGCAUAGGACUUUUGGCCCCGACAGCAAGCAGAUCAAGAGACCUGUUUCAGGACCAGCAACAAUUGGACCAACAAACAUCAGAGCCUCUGUAGAUAGAAAGCUCUUCAAGAUGAUCAACUCUCAUCAACCUGCUGUUCGCUCAUGCACAAAAAUGCCAGAGGGACUUGCAGUUCUGAACAUGGUCCGCCCUCUGACUGCCAAGGCUGCCCUGCAGAGCUUGCCGAGCAAGCCAAAUAUCUCAAUGACGGCUCAAAGCAAGACUCCCAAAUUGUAGGAAAUGCCCUCAGCAGCUGUGCAUAUAUUGUUGCCAAGUCACAGAAGCUUUCAGCUGCUUUCUGUGUUUCCCAUCUUCCUAUGAGCAACACAGGCUGGCUUCUCUGACUCAUCGCGAUCUCUGAACACAGCAGUGCCCUAGGUAAGCAAAGCAGUUUAAAUAAACAAUUUGAUUGACCUCAAACAAAACUGCUGCUGCGAAUGGAGAAUCUGCAACUCCCCUAUCAACCAUUUUGGCAGCUUCUGCAAAAGGAGGAAUGAAAGCUUGUGCCACCAUAGCCCUUUCAAGUGACUGUAUGUCUGAUGUUUACAGCAGCUGCCUGCCUAGCCUCGUGGCCAGGGUGGCCCCUUUGACUCAUCCAGUGGGAGGAAGGUACAGACCAUCUUUCAGCAUUCCCUCAGGUAUCCAGCUUCCAUGUGUCCAACUCCUGUCAAAGGGAUGCAGUCCCUCUUGUGAAAUCAUACAGCAGCCUGGGGAAGCUGUGUAGAAUGGAAUUGAGUGUGCUUUGAGCAGGACUCUUGCUUUCAGAGCACAUCCUUGAUUCAGGCACGAACUUGGAUUCCACGUUGAUGUAGAAACAGUCCAUCUUGCUUGAAAUCAUUCUUCUCUGUUCUUUUUAGCAGGGGGAAAACUCAGUAGUUCAGAGGGAGUUUGGGAGAGGGGGAUUGAGCACAUCACUUUGUUGUUGUUGUUUUUUGUUUUUGGAAAGAACUGAUGCUCAUCCAGAAUGCUGUCAUACAGAUAUACCUGAAUAGGGUGGGUUGUGUUUUCUCCAAGCCAGAUGUCCGUUGUAAAUAUAUUUGCAGUGGACAAGGCUGGUUCCCAACAAUCUCUCCUUUACCUCAUCUUUUUCAUGCGUUUUUACCACAAAUGUAUUUGCAAUCAAAUGUUCUGUAACUUUUUUUUACUAGAUCAGUUUUAAAGGAAUACAAGAAUAUGUGUGUGUGUGUGCGUGUGCAUGCGUGUGCUUUUGUGUGUGUGUGUGUGUGUGUGUACGCGCACGCACACAUGCAACCACUGCAGGGAGCUUACUCUACUUUUAAUAACAUUUAUUCUGCUUUAGAAUACAGUAUGAAAUGCUAUGAACUGGUAUAAUCUGAUCUGGUUUGCAUAACAAUGUAAACAAUUCCACCAGCCCCCAGGUAUGACAUCUUAUGGAUAAAGUCAACACGUGAGCAGGCAUUCACAGAUGUUACGAGCAGCAGCGGUUGUGAGCACAUCAGCAGGAGAAAGCAUGCUGCCACAAUCAUGGGAAUUGCUGCUGUCUGCAUAUGUUAUAGCCAAGUUCACACUGUAUAUUUGUCCACACAAAUCCCAGGGACAGUUGGGACUGCUUGCAAGUAGAACAAAAGCUAUGUAUGAACUGGAACUCAAGACAGGUAUAUUUCAACAAUUAUUGUGAAUAUUUUGAAACUAAGUACUGUAAUUGUUUAAAUUAUUUUCUGGAAGACUAUUUAUAAUACAUGAAUUAUGCAGCAUCCCAAUCUGUAGAUCAUUUCUUUCUAGUCGAAUGUUUGAAAUGCAUAAUGGAGGAUACUUCACAGAACCAGAAAUGAAACCAAGAACGUUCACACCAUAUCUUCAACUUGUCUUUUGAAGCCAAAACAUUUAAAGAAUAUAAGAUGAUUUGGGACAUUCACACCCUUAGGAGGCAUGCAUUUCUGCAGUAAAUGGAGCAGUGGAUUGUAGAGAAGUAAAAUCACAAUUCAUAGAAUGGUGGUUUCCAGGAAAUGUGUAAAAUUGGCCUUGGCAAAACAUGCACCAUUUAAGCCAGCUUCCUUC